AUGUCAACCGAGAAGGAAAAUGAAACAAUGGUCUCGAAGCCAGCACAAUCGACCAUGAAGCCUGGAGCUUAUCUCGCCAACCCCGCGCCUUUGGCGAUGGGUGGUUUUGCUACCACUUUUUUAUCACUGUCUUUGGCCAUGAUGAAAUUUCGUGGAGUUUUUACACAAACAAUCUUCAUGGGUGAUCUUUGCUUCGUUGCUGGAAUUGGUCUACUCAUUUCCGCACAGUGGGAGAUGGUCCGAGGGAAUACAUUCUCUUAUACGUAUGGAUUGGCUUAUCUGGAAUCUCAUCAUCAAGCAUUAUUCUAUGGGGGUUACGGGGUAAUUUUGAUUCCGUCAUUAGGCAUCGCUGAAGCAUAUGGCGGUUAUACCUCGGAAUACCACAACGCACUCGGCUUCUUUGUUUUGAUAUGGGCGGUUUUCAAUCUUUUUUUCCUGCUGGCCAGCUGCGCUCUGAACAUUGUCUACAUCAUUCUGUUCCUCGGACUUGAGCUGUGUCUCAUUCUCGAUGCUGCAUCCAGCUUUGCCUUGGGCGACGGGUUGGUUGAAAUCAGUGCGAAUCUUAUCACCGCUGCUGGUGCAUUCGGGUUCAUUGCCAGCUUAGCUGGAUAUUAUUCCGUUCUACAAUCCCUCUGUGAAGACUCUCUGCCAUUUUCUAUUCCGAUGGGUGACACUUCCAGAGCUUGGAAGCGUUGGUGUAAAAAGGCACCCCUCCAAACCCCGAAACGGGAAGAAGACAUGGUGUGA